UUUGCACUUCGCCCCCUCUAAUGUCUGCAAACUAUCGCCACAGCCCGCCUCUUUCAAUCAAAAACUUCCAUCGCCGCUGUAUUCACCUUUUGCCAAUCUCUCCUUCUCCAUAACCACCCUGUACGCUGGGAAUAGCAGCAGCUUUAGUGUAUCGUAUUUCCCUUUUCUUCUGUUUCUCCCUAAAUAUAUCACACUUGUACGUAGCGACAGCUUUAGUGCAUGGAACUAUUUUUUUUUUUAAUUCAUGAACACUUCUAAUGAAUCUCAAAACUUGAUCUUUAUCCUGUUCUUCUCCGUUCUUGGAAUCAAUUUUCCAAGAACAAUGAUACAAUGGACAUCUUUUCCUACACCAUUUCCAUUCCGUUCAGGUCAGUCAAUUUCCCUUCUCUUCUCCUUUAUCAAAUCUUUCUCUUCUUCUUCUUCACCCCUUUUAGCCUCACAAGAAUCUGAGUCUUCCAUUGACCAUUUCUCUUCCCAGCUCAUCAACAUCCUUUCACAUCCAGAUUGGCAAAAACACCCAUCGUUCAAGAACCUUAUUCCUUCACUUUCCCCUUGUAAUCUCUCCACUUUCCUCUCACAAAACCCAAACCUUAACCCCCAUAUAGCUUGUACCUUCUUUGAUUACCUCACAAAUCUCCCUUCUUUCACCCCCACUGUACAAUCCUAUGAACCCCUUUUGCGUAUUUUGAUUAAAAACAACCGUUUUCGACCCGCUAAAGGGUAUCGAAUUUCGAUGAUUAAAGGAUGUAGAACAACUGAAGAUGUUGUUUUUGUCAUGGGUUUUGUAAGGGAGAUGAAUAAAUGUAGUGAUGGGGGUUUGAGUUUUAAGCUAAAUGGGUUUAGUUAUAAUGAAUUAUUGAGGUCGUUAUCGCGGUUUUUAAUGAUUGAUGAUAUGAAAUGUGUGUAUGAUGAGAUGUUGAAAGAUAUGAUUAAGCCUGAUAUAUAUACUUUUAAUACAAUGAUUAAUGGUUAUUGUAAAUUGGGUAAUGUUGUUGAGGCUGAGGUUUAUUUUAGUAAGAUAUUGCAAGGUGGUUUACGUCCGGAUACACACACAUAUACAUCGUUUAUAUUGGGGCAUUGUAAGAAUAAGGAUGUGAAUAGUGCUUUUAAGGUUUUUAGGGAAAUGCCGAAAAAGGGUUGUCGAAGAAAUGUGGUUUCUUAUAACAUUUUGAUUCAUGGCUUGUGUGAAAAUAAGAGGAUUAAUGAAGCGAUGAAGUUGUAUUUGGAAAUGGGAGAUGAUGGGUGUUCUCCUGAUGUCAGGAUAUAUACGGUUCUCAUUGAUGCGUUGUGUCGAUUGGAUAGGAGGACAGAAGCAUUGCGUUUGUUUGAUGAGAUGAAGGAGAAAGGUUGUGAGCCGAAUGUUUAUACUUACACUGUUCUAAUUGAUGGUUUGUGUAAAGACUCUAAGCUUGAUGAAGCAAGAGUGUUACUAGAUGUUAUGUCAGAAAAGGGGCUAGUUCCGAGUGUGGUGACUUACAAUGCUUUGAUUGAUGGAUACUGUAAGAAAGGUUUGGUUGAUGUUGCAUUAAAUAUUUUUGAUAUGAUGGAGUCAAAAAGUUGUAUCCCAGAUGUACGUACAUACAAUGAAUUGAUUUGCGGCUUUUGUAGGUCGAAAAAGGUGCAUAAGGCAAUGUCACUACUUGAUAAGAUGCUUGAGUGCAAACUGUCUCCUAGUAACGUCACUUUUAACUUGUUAGUUCAUGGACAGUGUAAAGAGGGUGAAAUAGAUAGUGCAUUUAGGUUGCUUAGACUGAUGGAGGAGAAUGGUUUGGCUCCUGAUGAGUGCACUUACGGUACUCUAGUUGAUGGCUUAUGUGAAAGAGGUAGAGUUGAAGAAGCUAACACCUUUUUUAAUUCUCUAAAAGAGAAGGGUAUAAAGGUUAAUGUCGCAAUGUACACUGCUCUUAUUGAUGGACAUUGCAAAGCUGAAAUUUUUGAUUUUGCCUUCACAUUGUAUAAGAAAAUGAUUGAGGAAGGUUGCUCUCCAAACGCAUGUACUUAUAAUGUGGUCAUUAACGGGUUGUGUAAACAAGGUAAGCAGCUAGAAGCAGCCCAAUUACUUGAAAGGAUGUCAGAAAGUGGUGUUGAACCCACAAUUGAAUCCUACAGUAUCUUGAUUGAGCAACUACUAAAAGAAUAUGCCUUUGACCGUGCGGACAAAGUUUUUAGUUUGAUGGUUUCCAGGGGACACAAGCCUGAUGUCUGCAUUUACACUUCCUUUCUGGUUGCAUAUCACAAUGAAGGGAAGUUGAAAGAAGCGGAAGAUAUGAUGGCUAACAUGGCAGAGGCAGGAGUUAAGCCAGAUUUGAUGGCCUAUACAGCAAUGAUUGAUGGUUAUGGUCGUGCAGGAUUAUUAAAUCGAUCCUUUGAUAUGCUAAAAUGUAUGUUUGAUUCUGGAUAUGAACCUUCUCAGUACUCCUAUUCCGUUUUGAUCAAACAUUUGUCCCAAAGAGGACUAGAUCUCAAAGCAGAGGCCUGUUCCAUUAACAUUGCUGAUGUGUGGAAAGUAGUGAAAUAUGAAACUUUGCUUGAACUCUUUGAUAAAAUGAGAGAACAUGGAUGUCCUCCAAAUACAAACGUUUUUAGUUCGCUUGCAAUAGGUCUAUGUAGAGAAGGACGCCUUGAGGAGGCUUCGAGGUUACUUAAUCAUAUGCAGAGUAGCAGAAUGUUUCCUUGUGAAGAUAUGUACACUUCAAUGGUAAAUUGUUGUUGCAAGUUGAGGAUGUACGAGGAUGCAGAAAGAUUUCUUGAAACUAUGCUUACAAAAGGUUUUUUACCACGCUUAGAGUCGUACAGGCUCCUUAUAUGUGGGUUGUAUGAUGAUGGAAACAAUGAUAAAGCUAAGGCAACCUUUUUUCAACUUCUUGAUUGUGGGUACAAUAAUGAUGAAGUUGCUUGGAAGAUUCUAAUUGAUGGCUUGCUUAAAAGGGGACUUGUAGAUAGAUUUUCUGAGUUGUUGGAUGUUAUGGAGAAAAAUGGUUCUCGACUUAGUUCCCAGACAUAUUCAUUGCUGCUAGAGGGACUCGAUAGAACAGACAACAAAUGAAGUAUGAAAUUCUUGCUAUUUGUGAUUCUGUUGCAUAUGUGUGCUUAGUCAAGGAUGUCCACAACUAGAUCUUCAUGUGCACUUUAAUACCCUGUUGCCUGAAUAAAGAUUUCUCAUUUCCACUCUCGUGGGCUAUUCUUUUUAAGGGGAAUUUGCCAUCAUGAGAUCAGUUUGGAGUCAGUCAUCUGGUAUAUGCAGCUACUUCUGGCAGGUAACAGAUAUAUCAGAAAAGAUUGUGGAAUUCUGCGCAGCAAGGGUCGAAGCAAACUUUUCCUACAUUCCUUAUCAGGAGGAGGGUCCCAUGAUUGAAGGUGGAAUUAUGAAUGAUGAACUAGAUUUGUGAAUUGCCGGGAUCGUUCAGACUACUGGUCAUUGUCAUGAGGGUGGAUUUUGGGGAGAUUCUACCAAGCAGAACCAAUCAGGUGAUAAAAAGGCAUGUAGUCACAACUGCUAGCCUUCCUUUGAUUACAGGAACUGCUGUAAAUCUUCUAUUCUGAGCAGCUCACUUAGCCAAAUUAGAAAAUCAGAAUGUUAUGUUGCUGUUCCAUGGCUAUGUAAAUCUGAUGAAGAGCUAAUUUUUCCAAACCAUCUUUCAUUUCGAUCUCCUGAAGUUCAGGAGCUUUAUAUAUGCAAUUGUCUUGAGGAGCGAAUUGGCGUCAAGGUCGACUUCAGGAUUUCAUUUUACCUUGGGAAGUUCCCCAAAGGCGGGUGGAGUAUAAUACCAGCUGGAGACACUUCUCAGUUUAUCCCAUCAAGAGAUGCCGAUAUUGCAUUUUUAGAGGAGCCAGAACAUCUCAAUUGGUACCAUCCCGGUAAACGUUGGCCUGAUAGAUUUUAAACCAUGUUGUUGGCAUUGUCCACACAAACUAUAUGGAAUAUAUCUAGACGGAAAUGAAUGGGGCUCUUCAAGCUUUUUUUGCGGAACACUUUAACAAUUGGGUAACAAGAACAUAUUGAGACAAGGUAUGCUUAGUCUAUGGACUAAAUUCUCCACCUUAGGAGAAAGAGGGAAACUGCGGGUCACAUCAGCAUUUUUUUUUCCCUUAAAAGCAUGCAGUAAAGCAUUUGGAAGAUGCUUUAACUGCAUUUUGGAGCACCAUGUCCUCUAAUAAAUUUUAAAAAAACCUGCCUGUUAUUUCAUGUUUGUCCUAAUUGAGAUGUCAAUAUUGCUGUUUAAGUACACAGGAUUUGUCCAGGUCUUUGGUCUGCAAUGUUCACGGUGUCGGUCCUAAGUUUCUGAAAAUAGGAGAAAAAGCAGCUGUAGACAGACAAAGCGACCAGCAAGUUUUCUCUAAAUGAGACUUGAUAGAUCUGUCAGCAAAGCACAAGAUUGACCUUGAUGAAGACACUCAUGAGGUGCAGAGUGCAGCUAAGGGGUUAAAUCUUGAUGUCAAUGUGAUGAAAGGUAGAGACGAUACUGAUGAUUCACUUCAUGGUGAUGCGCGCUGUACUGCCGUCGCCGAGCUCUUGCAAUGGGGAAAUUUGGACCACCCAUCGGAUGAAUAUUCCAAGUAUUCCCGAGCAUGCUUGAUUUACACAAGGACUGAAGACGUUGUAGCAAAAUUUAAAGAGGUAAUGUCCGGCGAACCUCAACCUCUCACCCCCGAGGAACAAUACAAGCUUUCAUCGGAUGUUGCUACACAGAGGUUCAUGGAAUAUUCUAACAAGACCGGACAGGAGACGUUGGAAGGGCCAUAGAUUAAUCUAGUAACUCUAGGCUGCUAAUGCUACUAAUAUAAGAAGACAAACUCAUGUGUACUGGCUGAUUAAAUUUAUUGAUGCAUGCUAAAUGUCUUGUUUAAUUAUUGUACUAUCAAACUUUACAAGUAUAAUAUAGCAUGUACUUUGAAGUCUGAUAAAGCAAUUGCAGGCUUGAAUCUUUAUGGUGGCA